AUGGGAUUGGGAACUGUUGGCGGCGGCGUUGCUCUGGCGCUGACUGACCACGCGAACAGCAUCCAGCGCAAAACGGGAUUCUCCGUCAACUUGCGCCACGUGUUGGUCAGGGAUUCCGAAAAAACCCGUGACCCGGCGCCCCCGGAAGGGGUUCUAACCACGAAUCCCGAGGACAUACUGGCGGAUCCGCAUGUUCAGAUAGUGGUGGAAACCAUGGGCGGGGACCAUCCGGCCGGGGAGUAUCUUCAGCGAGCUCUGGAUGCGGGUAAACACGUGGUUACCGCCAAUAAAGAGGUAAUGUCCCGGCGCGGCCCCGACCUGAUGGCGCUGGCGCAAAAAAAGCAGGUGAACCUGCUCUUCGAGGCUUCCGCUGGCGGUGGCAUACCCAUCGUCGGCUGCUUAAUGUCGCAACUGCUGGCCAACGAUAUUCGCUCAAUUCGUUCCAUAAUAAACGGCACUACGAACUAUAUUCUGACGCAAAUGGCCUGGCACCAGGCGUCGUUUGCCGAUGCCCUGGCCGAGGCGCAAACUCGUGGUUACGCCGAGGCCGACCCAACCAACGACAUAGAGGGUAUCGACGCGGCAUAUAAACUAUCGGUCCUGGGCAGCCUGGCUUUCCACCGUCGAAUCCCCCAUCACGCAAUUCACACCGAGGGCAUAAGUCAGCUGGGCCCCGAAGACUUCCGUUACGCCUCCGAGUUGGGAUACGCCAUCAAAUCCCUGGCGAUUGCGGUAGUUCAAUCCAACGGGUUGGUGCAGGCGAGAGUGCAUCCCGCUUUGGUGCCCGAAAAUCACCUGCUAGCCAAGGUUGACGGAGUGUAUAAUGCGGUAGAGGUCACGGGCGAUUUGUGCGGUCAAAUCAUCCUGCAUGGGCAGGGCGCGGGACGUGAAGCGACUACCAGUGCGGUGAUGGGCGAUAUUCUUAGUAUCGUUCGCACCAUGGGUAGCGCCAAUGUUCCACCACCGUUACCGGCGUUGGAUGUAAAUGGCGACGAUACCGACAGCGCCGUAUGCCCUAUCGAUGAGUUGUCCAGCGCUUACUAUAUCCGUUUGACGUGCGCCGACCAGGCUGGCGUGUUGGCACAAGUAGCCCAAAUCCUCGGAGAUGGCAACAUCUCGAUCGCUACGGUGAUUCAAAAAGAUACUGAUCCUGGCAGCGGAACAGCUCAGUUGGUUAUUACCACCUAUCCCGCCCGGGAAGCAGACGUCCAGUUUGCGUUGGCAGCGGUCGCCAGACUCGGCGUGGUGGUAGGAGUGAAUAACCUCAUCCGGAUCGAGGAAUGA